CGCGGCAAGUGGCAAGGGACGAAGAAAUAGCGAGGUGAAAAAGGCAGAGCAGAGAGAAACCUGAGAGCGGCCAACACGACAUUUGUCUCGUUCGACAUCUUGCGCGCCCUCUGUCUGCAUGUCAGAUACGACAGCUGUGCGGAGAAUCGAUCACGAAAUAUCACGCCGCUUUUCGCAGAUACUGCUGGUUACUGCUCUCCGAGCUCUGAGCAAACAUGGGGAAGUACUUUGGUAAUCUCGCUAAAAUCAGCGGCGUCGUUUACUUCCGUAUUAGUCCGUACGAACAAAAAGCCUUGAAAGGGGUCAUUUCCGAUGGUGUGCCAAAUUUGAUACGUCGACUCAAAGGCAACGUAUUCCGUAUAGCACCUAUCUUCAUGGGUACUUACUUGUUAAUGUGUUGGGCGGAUGAAACAAACAGGGCACUGCACCGCAAAAACCCAAAAGACUAUGAAAAUGAUACAUAAAUAUAUCACAUAGAAAUUUAGCCAAUGACGCUUCUAGUUUCUUGCAAAUGUUAAUUGUAAAUGUUCUUUCCAACCUUGGAAUAAGUAAAAUAUAAAAAAAUGA